UCCUUUCUCUCUCUCUCUCUCUCUCUCUCGCUCGCUGGUUCCUCUCACCUUCCUCUUCCAAUCAAAUCUGUCCCAAAGACAAAACCCUUUUUUCUCAAAUGAAUUUAUAGUCAUUUAAGCCAACUUAGACACAAACUCUCCCCACACUUCUUCCAUCAAACCCCACCCUGAUAAGUUCCCAGCAACAUAGAGACACUCACAGAAACACUCGCAAAAAACCUCUUUGCUGUCUUCCAUGGUUCCGCCAUUCCCGACUGCAGAACUGCCUCUCAACGAGAAUGAUUCGCAAGACAUGGUCAUCUACCAUGUCUUGAACGAGGCCAUGUCCCAGAACAACUCCUCCCUCCCGCAUCCGAACCAAUCUGGGUCCCCGUCGAGCGGCGGUUCCCUCGAGCCGUCCAGGGGCAUCACGAAGAAGCACUACAGAGGAGUCCGGCGGCGCCCGUGGGGGAAGUUCGCGGCUGAGAUUCGUGACUCGUUACGCCACGGGGCCCGAGUUUGGCUCGGGACAUUCGAGACAGCCGAGGAGGCGGCGCUGGCUUACGACCGGGCGGCGUUCCGGAUGCGCGGCGCCAAGGCCCUGCUCAAUUUCCCGCCGGAAGUGGUGGCCGCAUCGAUGCCGAUGGAGAGGUAUGAGCCAAGCCGGAGCCAGAGCCCCGGGUCGGCCAAUUCGGACACGAGAGGCCAGACGCAUCGGUCGGAUUCUGAGGUUGGCAUCGCCGGAGGAGCAUCCCGGGAUGUGGCCACUGAACACCUCGAGAAGGUGUUGGAUGUGUUCUGAGGUCGAGCGUCUCCGGUCACUCACGACUCUUGCGGGUAGCCUGGGCCAUGUACUAGGGGUCAAAAAAGUUCUAUUUUCUUGCCAAUUCGGAUUACUUUUUGGUGUCACAUAAGUUUAUCAUCAUGGUUUUUUGCUCGUUUGAGUUUCAAUGUGGUCCAUUGUGUGAUCCGUUCUGUCUAAAUGAUGAGCAAAUCCGGGCAUCUCUCUCCAGAUGAUGAUAUCUUUAUUGGUCCCUUUCACAACAACAAUCAGAAGGACUUUAUUGAACAACUUUGCAAAAUGCACAAAGUGCUACAAUAAGGUAUAGACAUCGCGAAGACAAUGCAUUUUGUCCUUGCUAGAGUUUUUGGUUUUACUGAUUCAUAGGUUGUCUCUUAGGUUAUCGUACUUCGGCCACGUGGUAUUGUAUAAGCAACGCGAAAAAGUUCAGGUGUAAGCUUCUGAUUGGGCUAUAUAUACGCUCUGCAUUUUUGGAGUAAUUUCGCUUGAAUGUACUUCAAUUUGUACAGUUGAUAGUCAUGUAUUAAGCUGCUUUGAUUGAGAAAAAGGAAAAAUGGGGAUGAUAUGAA